CGUCAGUAUGAUCAGCAGCAUUCAAAUUUCCGAAGCCCCUCAGUGACUGUUGUGUACCUCGACCGAAGUUAGUGUAUAAUAUCGAACGAUCUGGCAUUCGGAGAAUAACUUUUUGACAAAAAUAUAAUCGGUAAUUAAGAUUUAUAAUGGCUCAGAAUAUUAAUCCAUUCUAUUCGUCACAUGGGGCGCAAAGUAAGGCUCGAGAGGAGAAGCAAAAUAUGCCCAAAGACAAUCACGCAGUGAGCAAACGCUUGCAGAAGGAGCUUAUGUUGUUAAUGAUGAGUACCGAAAAAGGCGUUUCUGCUUUUCCCGAAGGAGAGAAUCUUUUUAAAUGGAUUGGAACGAUCAAUGGCCCUCAUGAUACAGUAUAUGCGGGGUUGACAUAUAAAUUAACUUUAGAAUUUCCACAUAGUUAUCCAUACAGUGCACCCGUAGUACGUUUUAUGACACCGUGCUUUCAUCCAAACGUUGACAAUGUGGGUAAUAUAUGUUUGGAUAUUUUAAAAGAUAAAUGGAGUGCUCUUUAUGAUGUUCGUACCAUUCUUCUAUCGAUCCAAUCAUUACUCGGUGAGCCUAAUAAUGACAGUCCUCUAAAUCCUCAAGCAGCAGAACUAUGGAACGAUCAAACAAAAUUCAAAAAACAUUUGACUGAUGAAUAUCACAAAGCACAAGAAGAAUCGCAACAAGAUUCAUGAUAAGCAAUUUUCAUACUCAUUCGCUAAUCAUUCAUUUAAUUUAAGAUUACGUUUAAAAAUAUCUGUUUUUAACAAUUCGUCUCAUAAUAAGAAAUAGCCAUUACAUUCAAACCAAGGAGACAUAUAUUUGAAAAAGAAAUGUCUCAUAAUUUAAAAACAUUUUAAACUUUACGUCGCUAAAAUAUAGUCAAUACAAAACUGCAAUUAUUAAAUGUUUUACAUUACUUAUUUGUAAUAAUAUAUAUUCAUUUUUAA